AUGCCGAACCCUGCUUCAGGAGACUCGUCGGAAGUUCAUUUCACGCCGUACGGUCCUUACCGCGGUCUAUUUCAUGAUUCCGAUGGAGCCAGGGAUCACCGCCAUUUUUGCACUCGCUUUGGUCGUCAAACAUACAUCCACCCUGAAGACGACCCUUCUAUCGACCAAGUGGAGAGUGAUCGCAAUCACCAUGUUGGGCGCAUCUACGACGCCAUGAUCCGCGGAGAUCGUGCCCAAGAUAAUGCGGGUUCCAUCGCUAUGAAGCGUUGGGUCCAUUGCGCUCACUACAAAUCCGACCUCGUGGAAGCAUUCGCGCACAAAGUCUUUGACUGUUUGCUUGUGCAGGUAAAGGAAGGCUUCCGUGGAUGGCAUCACAAUGACUAUGUCGACGAUGAUCGCAAGGGUGAGAAAGAAGAUCGUGAAGCCGACUGUGUAGGCCGCCUGGAGAACAUCAUCGAUGCGCUUGAGCGGGAGAAGACGAUCUGCGAAGAUGUCGUAAACUCCGCUAGUCAGAUCCGGAUGUUCGUCAACGCUCCGAUCGCUUAUGCGUCUCGUAAGCUUCAGAAUCGCCUUGGCAACAGCAAACGAGGUCGU